AUGAUACAUGGCAGUGAGUUUUUUAAAGCAGCUCACAUAAAUGACACCGUCAGCAUGAAGUCCUUGCUGACGAGUAAAGACUUUGAUCCUGCGAUUAGAGGGAACUUGGAAGAAACGAUAUUACACACUGCAUUGUUAAACGGCAAUAAGGAAAUUGCUGAGUUCAUUCUGGAUAUGAUGCCCUCACUGAUCAAUGAACCGAUGACUUCUGACAUGUACAGAGGUGAAACACCCAUGCACAUCGCGGUCCUGAAACAAGAUGUGGAAAUGGUGAAGGAGCUGUUGAAACGAGGCGCCGAUGUGAUGAAUGCACGAGCAACCGGUUCCUGCUUUGUCCCUGGAGAGGAAUGUCAGUGUUACUAUGGUGAAUACCUGUUGUCUUUCGCGGCCUGCAUUGGCAACGAGGAGAUUGUCCGAACCCUUAUUAAACACUGCGCUCCUUUAGAGGCACGGGACUCCUUAGGUAACACAGUGCUUCACGUGCUGGUCCUACAACCAGAGAAAGAGCAGGCGUAUUCCAUGUACGAUCUCAUCACGUCUCUCGUGUCCGAGAAGCAUCAUCAGUUUGUCGAGAACAUUGUGAACAAUGAUGGCUACACUCCGCUGAAGCUCGCAGCGGCCGAGGGCGACUUUGCGAUGUUCAACUAUUUGGUACAAAAGCAGAAGAAAAUAUAUUGGACCAUGGGAACCAUCUCUUACUGUGUUUACGACCUCACCAACAUUGAUACGUGGGGUGAUCAAAAAUCAGUUCUGGACAUCAUAACCACAAGCAGGAAUAGUGAGGUUCGCAAACUUGUUGACGCUAAACCAGUUAAGGCGCUGUUGCAUCAAAAGUGGAAUUCAUUUGGCUACAAGUAUUUUCUCAUCUGGAUGUUCUCUUACAUUAUAUACAUCAUUAUAUUCACCGUCUCCAGCUUAUAUCGGCCGCUGAAGCCCAUUCCGCCAGGGUUAUCUGACAACCUUACUAUUAGGACACAGAAGACGUUGGCCGAAUCCUAUCAGACAAAAGAAGACUUCUUGAGACUUGUCGGUGAAUUAACUACCAUCAUUGGAGCAUUGGUAAUACUGAUCAGUGAGAUCCCUUAUCUGUAUAGGAUUGGUCCAAGGAAUUAUUUAGGGAAUACUUCAAUAGGAGGGCCUUUUCCAUUACUCUUGGUCUGUUAUUCACUUCUGAUUGCCGUGGCAGUAAUCAUGAGGAUUCUCGGCAACGUAGAGGAAGCUGUUCCUAUUUCCCUGGCUCUGAUCAUCGGCUGGUGCAACACCAUCUAUUUUGCCCGUGGAUUUAAGAUGCUUGGGCAAUUUUCCAUUAUGAUCCAAAAGAUCAUUUUUGGUGAUUUUAUGCAAUGGUGCUGUCUGGUGCUCAUCUGUAUCACGGGAUUCACCUCCGCUUUUUAUAUUAUGUUUCAGACUCUGGAUUUGAGAAAUUAUCCGUACUUCAGGGACUUUUCGAUGACCAUGUACACCACAGUUGAGUUGAUGAUGGGCCUGAUAGAUCUCCCAGUUCCGUAUGACAAGCCAACUCCCAGUAUCAUAUACGUUGGCUACGUCUUGUACAUGAUCUUUGUCUAUCUUCUGCUCUUAAACCUGUUGAUCGCAAUGAUGGACGAUACAUACUGGAGAAUUGCAUAUGAAAGGGAGGAACUGUGGAAAGUGCAAAUCGCAGCUACGAUCCUGCUUCUAGAGCGAAGGGUGCCAGUGUUUCUAAAAAUCCGAUCAGGAGUGCCUGGAAGAUCCUUGGGCUUUGAUGAUAACAAGUGGUACAUUGGGGUUGAGGAAAUUCUGAGUGAAACAGUGGGGACGAAGGAGCAGGUGCCAGCGUUAGAUGCACAGAAGUAUUCGCAUCACCUGGGCUGGGAUGCAAUUCGGAAAAAUCUGGCAAAAAUCAUAAGCAUGAGAGAUUCAUCAGAGUCCACGACAUUUUAG